ACGAUUCACUGAGCAUUACAUCAUGAGCGUAAGUGCAGUGUCAAAGACUUGCUUCGACUUGGGGGAAGGGCCCCAUUGGGAUGCAAGGCAUCAGAAAUUGUAUUUCGUGGAUGCGUUCGUUGGCGAUGUUUGUCGGUUGGAUACAAAGACGGGUUCCGCAGAAAAAGUUCAUUUUGAUGGAAUUGUUUCAUUUGUCAUUCCAUAUCAAGACAAUGACUCAGACGUAAUACUAUCAGUGACGAAACAAGUAAGGAAACUGAAUUUCAAAACUGGACAGUCAGAGCUACUAACUACAGUUGCACCAGAGACAAGAGAACGCUUUAAUGAUGCCAAAUGUGAUGCAAGAGGCCGUUUAUGGGCAGGUACACUGGUGGAAGGAGAAAAGAUGAAAGGUUAUUUAUACAAAUUGGAUUCUUCUAACAAUUUUCAGCCAAUAGUAGAUAAGAUCACCUUGACAAAUGGAUUGACCUGGUCCUUAGAUAACCAGACCCUUUACUAUAUUGAUUCCGGAGAAAAGAAAAUUUUUGUUUUUGACUUCAAUUUGGAAGAAGGAACUACAAGCAAUCAAAGGGUACUUUUUGACUACAAUACUGAUGAAGGAUUUGAAAAUCUUGGUGUUCCGGACGGAAUGACAAUCGAUAUAGAAGGCAAACUGUGGGUCUGCAACUAUGGAGGGAGUUGCGUCCUACGUCUCGAUCCACAAACGAGAAGCAUACUACAAAGAGUUGAGAUGCCGGCUAAGAAUGUUACUUCAUGCUGUUUCGGAGGACCACAUUAUGAUAUUUUGUACGUAACAACAGCAUCUGCUGGUCUUACUGAGGAAGAAAAGGAACGGCAUCCUAAAGCAGGAUCAGUUUUUGCAGUAACGGGACUGGGAACAAGAGGACAACCAUUAAAUAAUUUUGUAGCCUAAAUUUGUUGAUGAUUCCUAGUUCAAGAAAAACAUUUUAUGAGACUUAAACAAGGCAAAAUACAUGUUUGAUAAAUUAA